GUAUUGAUCAGUUUCCACGUGUAGUGAUCAAUUACCAUACACCUUUACCUAUCGGGCUUGGUAGCUAUUUUCUUCUUGCUUUACCGAUUCCGAUCCCGGCCUCGACCUCCAUCAAGGUCAACACCCCCUGUUCCGUUCGCUGAUAUCAGGGAUCGCAAUCAACAUCAGCAGAAUCUUGAUUCUGUUUGCGCUGCAAUUUCACAUCUAGUUUUCAGAACUGGAAGGGGUGCUUUAUCUGCUUUCAACGUGCUGGCAACAGUGGCUUGGUUUUACUGGUAGUUGAUCGUUUGGCGGUAAACAGUGAUUAGUUCUGUACCUGCCUGGGAUUUAAGUGGAGAAACAGAGGAGGGACUGUGUUAUAGUCACUGAGCUUGCGAAGCCGCUGAUUGCCUACUGCAUGUGUGCAUGAAUUCUUCUACAAAAAUGAAGAAACAGAUUGCUCUAGGGUUUGAGGGUUCAGCAAACAAGAUCGGUGUCGGCGUUGUGACCUUAGAUGGCACAAUUUUGUCAAACCCACGCCACACAUACAUUACCCCUCCUGGCCAAGAAUAUAAUUCAGAGAACGUUUCCUUGUUUUUCUCCUUGUACCAAGUACCAACAACGUCCAGGAGAGAGUCAGACAUGAUUUGCACGGCCCAGCUUCGAAAGGACGAGUACCCACAAAACCAAUUGGACCAGGUUUAGUGAUCAAUGACGAAUUUCUUCAAUGGAAUGCCUACAACUGAAGUCAGAUUUUGAACAACAGACAUCCCCUACGCUUAUCUUACGAAAAUGAUGCAGGAAUUGUCAACCAUCGAUGACUUACCUGCGACUAAUGUGGAACUGGAACCGGAAAAGAUAGAAGAUGGGAAAGAUGGAGGUCUUUCUUUCCACUGUAAACUUUACAGCACGGAAUUAGUACACAAGAUAGCUCAGGUUUUCAUUCCUGGAUUAGCUACUGCAUGUGUUGAUAACACAUCUGGUGAUAUCUUCAAGACCCCUGCUUCUGUGGCCGCCGAUAUGAGAAAGGAAAUGGUGGAGUAUAUCACCCAAAGAAGUGAGAAUUUUGUUGCAGAAUCUGUUAUCCUAGAAGGGGGCCAAGAUGGACAAGUAUCUGAUCAUCCCUAUGACGUUAUUUCUGAUUUUGUUGAUGACUUUGCAAGUUCCAAGAGAAAUUUGUUUAGUCGGGUUUCGGGAUGGCUGCUCAGUGAAAAGAGAGAAGAUAAAAUAGAUGAUUUUGUUCAAGAGAUGGAAAUAAAUGGGUUUUGGUUGGUUGAUAAAAGAGAAACAAUAACACAGAAUUUGCUAAAGAAUGUCGACCUUAAGAAUGAGCAUCACUGCAAUAUGAAAUUUCACACCCCAAAGGAGCUUGAAGCGCAUGUUCUAAAGUGUAGUUAUAGGUCUAUGAGUUGCAUACAUGAAGGAUGUAAUGCCAUAUUUUGUGCAAGUCAGGUGGAUAAACAUGAUGCAGUUUGCCCCUUCAAGAUAAUUCCAUGCGAACAAAACUGCUCCGACAUGAUCAUGAGACGUGAAAUGGACAGACAUUGUAUUACCAUCUGUCCAAUGAAGCUUGUUAGUUGUCCGUUCUAUGCAGUGGGUUGUCAAUCCCCGGUACCACAUUGUAAGCUUGAGCAGCAUCGUUCAGAUGAUCUCCAUUCUCACAUGCUGUUUGUUCUACAAAGUAUUCAUAAGGAAGCAUUUAUGGAAGAUUUGAAAAGAAGGCUGGAGCAACUAAAAGACGCAUCUUCAUCCACUAACUUAGCACAAGCUCGAGAUGUGAGAUCACUAACCUCUGCAGUUAAGGAUCUUGAAGCAAAACUAGGGCCGAUGGAAAUUAGCAGGAAACACCAUGAGGAUCUUGAAGCAGAACAUGGGCCAGAGGAAGUAGGCAGCAAAAGCAAAACUCCAGAGGAUGUGGAAUCAGGGCCAAAAGAAGUGAGUAAUAAACCUGAGGAGGACUUUGAAGUAAAACUAGCACCAAAGGUAGUUAGCCAACAAUCGGAGUAUCUUGAAGCAAAAUCAGAGCCAAAGGAAGUUAGUACUAAAUCUGUGGAGGAUCUUGAAGAUAAACCAGCACCAAAGGAACUGAGCAGCAAACCUGCAGAAGAUCUUGAACCAAAACCAGCUCCAAAGGAAGUCAGUAGUUCAAAAACUCUCAAAGAUGUUGAAGCAAGGCCAGUGGGAGUGAGCAGUAAGGCCCCAACAAGACAUGAAGCUAAACCAGCACCAAAGGAACUGAGCACUAAACCUGCAGAAGAUUGUGAAGCAAAACCAUCUCCGAAAGAAGUCAGUAGUUCAAAACCCCAUGAAGAUGUUGAAGCAAGGCCAGUGGGAGUGAGCAGUAAGGCCCCAACAAGACAUGAAGCUAAACCAGCACCAAAGGAACUGAGCACCAAACCUUCAGAAGAUCUUGAAGCAAAACUAGCUCUGAAGGAAGUCAGUAGUUCAAAACCCCCCGAAUAUGUUGAAACAAAAACAGUGGGAGUGAGCGGUAAGGCCCCAACAGGACAUGAAGAAAAAUUAGCGACAAAGGAAGUGAGAAGCGAAUCACUAGAGGAGAUCGAAACAAAACUAGGAACAAAGGAAGUGGGAAGCAAACCACCAGAGGAACUUAAAACACAACUAGGAACAAAGGAAGUGAGCAGCGAACUUCAACAGGAACUUGAAACAAAUCUAGGAAGAAAAAGAGUGGGCAGCAAAACCCCAGAACGAUAUGAAACACGACUAGAAACAAAGGAAGUGAGCCGCAAACCCCCUGAGGAACUCGAAAAAUUAAGUGACAAAGGAAGUGAGCUGUGAAACUCCCGCUGGAGCUUGAAGCCAAAACUAUGGACAAAGGAUGUAAACCUCCUGAGGAUGUUGAAACAUAACUAGGGCUGAAGGAAGUGAGCAGCAAAGACGAGAAUAGUGAAGAGUGUGGAAAUCUCUGUGAAAGGAAGCUCAAACAUAAACUAAAUUCAUCUGUCGAGUCUGCAGUUUCAACAAACCUCAUUUACAAAUUAAAGAGCAGGAAGCCCGGUUAGAAACUGAGAACAUCUGUAACUGCCAUCUUGAUUACCAAUUGGUAUGAUUUUUACAUAAAAUAUUGAGAUGAGUUUUAUUUUUGUGUCCUUUUUUUUGUUCCAGUAUUCCAUUAACCUUCUUUUGUAAACAAUAGAAAUGUGUGAAAAAAUUAAUGCAUUUUUUGUUGGAAUA